AUGUCAAGUGAAACAAUGGUAUGGACUGAUGCAAUGCGUGAAAUAUUAAUAAAAUCGGUGCAGCGUCAAGAGUGCAUUUGGAAUUUCUCUAAUGUCGAUUAUCGGAAUGCAACCAAAAAACGACAGAUAUUUUGGGAAAUUGCACAAGAAAUGUCCGAAAUGUUUGGUUUAGCUCUCAAAGGUACUCAUACAAGUCGUCAGUGGCAGCAUUUACGAGAUCAGUACAGAAGAGCUAAGAGACGGAUGGAAUUGUCUACUGUUCAAAUAAAACCGUGGCGCUUUAUGCACAUGUUGAAAUUUACUGAUGCUACAGACUUGGCGGAAGCAAAUGAUCCAAUGUAA